ACUACACAUUAACUGCAAACGAAGAAACUUGGCGACUGCAGGCUAGCUUGCCAUACCAUCAACUCUUUUGAUUCCAAUAUUUGAGAUUUUUGUUUGUUUCUUCCGAAAAUGUCUGUGACAGUCACAGAGAGUGAGGGGAGUUUGUUCUUAAUGGAUGUUCAUGGUGGAGAUCAUCAAGAUAGUGUAUAUGUUGCUGUCGGGAAGGGUGAAUCCAGCAUGUAUGCGCUUUCAUGGACAUUACAGCACCUUGUGAAUCCUUCAACCAUCAUCUAUCUCAUUCAUGUUUUCCCAGAAAUCAAACACGUUCCUUCUCCAUUGGGAAGGUUACCAAAGAGCCAAGUGAAUCCAGAGCAAGUGGAGACCUACAUGGCUCAAGAAAGAGGCAAGAGGAGAGAACUUCUGCAGAAAUUCUUUGAUGCAUGCCCUGCUUCUAAGGUGAAGGUAGACACCAUGCUUAUUGAGAGUGAGAGUGAUACCGUUGCAAAGGCUAUUGUCGACUGGAUUCCAAUUCUCAACGUAAGGAAACUAGUAGUUGGAACCUCGAAAUCUAGUCUAUGGAAAUUGAAGUCCAGAAAAGGGAAUGGAAUAGCUGAUCAGAUACUGCAGAGUGCACCAGAGGCUUGUGAGAUUAAGAUAGUAUGUGAAGGAAAGGAAGUUAUUGAUCAGAUGAUUAAAUCACCCUCUCCACGUGGCAAUGAAAACAGUCCCAAGGCCAAACAACAGGAGGAUGAAAGCAACGAUUCCUUCUCAUGCAUGUGCUUUAAGCCUAAGUUUAUUUGAUAAAUAUACCAGACAAUAUUUCAAAGCCAUGUGACAUGAAUCUACAUUCAAUAUAUAUACCAAAUCUUCAUGUUGGACUGGGAACUCUUUUUUCUCUCUUCCUGGGACAAAGAAAUGCCACCAAGAGAAAAAGAUAAUGCCUCCUUGACCUUGUAAAAAAGUAGACCAUACACUUUUCUCUAAACUUAGUAUCUUGCAAUUGCUGCCAUUGUAAUAUUAUAACUUACGAACACUGGCCGGUGUGUAGUUUAAGGCACCAAACCUUUGCAACCUCUUGUCAUUUCAAAGAUAUAUUCGACUUACAAAAGCAACUGUGACUUGUCUUUUGUGUAAGACCAUUUGAGAUUAUAUAACAGUUUUUCACGCAAA